AUGUCAACUUCUACCAUAGUGGGAGCAUUAGCAUGUCAAAAAAACUCAUUUUUGAAGAGUUUUACAACAAGGGUUAUAGCAAGUUCUGAAAUUGUGCCACCUCCAACUUCCAAGGAUAAACAAACUCAAAACAAUGAAAGACGUAAAGAAUUUGCAGUCGAAUUAGAAGACACAAUUUUGUUUCCAGAAGGUGGUGGACAACCAUUUGAUCAAGGUACGAUUAUAUUACCAGAUAAUAAAACUAUACAAGUUAAAUCGGUAUUACGUGAAAACCUUCGAGCCAUACAUUUGGUCGAUGAACUAAUUGGGCCAGGGACAAAAGUAGAUUUAAAAUUAAAUUGGAGUAGAAGAAUAGAUAUCAUGCAACAGCAUACUGGUCAACAUUUAUUAAGUGCUGUUUUUGAUACGUAUGAUUUAGAAACUUUAAGUUGGUCAAUGGGUGAAUCAGAAUUGAAUUAUAUUGAAUUACCUAAAAAAAUAGAUGACACUAUUAUUUCACAAGUUCAAGACAAAGUAGAUGAAUUAAUUAUUGAAAACUUACCAAUCAAAGUUGUUACUCCUGAGGAUCAUGGUGAGGAAAUAGAUACUAGUCAUAUUCCAGAUGAUUAUGACACUUCAAAAGGAAUUAUUCGAAUUGUGAAAAUUGGUGAUUUAGAUGCUAAUCCAUGUUGUGGGACUCAUUUACAAACAACUGGACAAAUUCAAUCUAUUGUGUUGUUACAUCAAUCUCCUAUUCGUGGAGGGCAUUCUAGAUUAUAUUUCACUUGUGGUUCAAGAGUUUCAAAGUAUUUGAAAAAGCAAAAUGAUUUUUUGAAAAAUGCAGGUGCUCAACUAUCAUGUGCUAUUGAAGAUGUAUGUGAUAAAAUUGAAUUGUUAAAUGCAAAUUAUAAGAAAUCAAUAAGUACAAAUAAUAAUUUAUUAAAGGAAUUGGCAAAUAUCGAAGCAAAGAAAUUAGUUGAAACAUUCAAGAGUAAGGAUGCUGCUUAUGUUUAUAGAGACGAUGCUUCUGAUUACUUGUCAAUUGUCCAAAAAGAAUUAAGUACAUUAAUUAAUUCAAAUAAAGAAGAUAUUGACCUAAAAUCAAAACAUACAUUGAUAUUAUUAAAUAACUCAAUGAUUAAAGUACUUGGUCCAAAAUCUGAAGAAAUUCAAAAAGAAAUGAAACAAAGAAUAACCAAUCUUAAAGGUGGAGGUAAAGGAACUUCAUUUCAAGGUAAAAUAUUAAAAUUUGAAAAAGGCGAAUUAAAGAAUGUCCUUUUAUAUUUAGACUCCUUAUAG